UGUACGGACGUGUUUUCCUAUUCUGUUCUUAUCGUGCGCUGCGCUGCGCGGUGGCGGAGAGUCGAGGGAAAACUGCAAAAAGGGAAAACCUGCUACCGAUGCGAAAAGGGAAAAACCUCAAAUACGAAACCCAAGCCAAUUAACCAAAUCAAUUUUUAAACAAUCUCUCUCAACGGCGAAAUAAGUGAGAAUUAAGUUUUGUGUUUUAGCCCAAAAGUGCAUUUAACUAGCCCCAAAGUAUCCCUAAAACGAAAGAGUUCGCAACUCUGCAUAAUUUAUAUUUAGAUAAAGUCAGUGUUUAUACGAUAUAGCCCCAGUAGUUAAUCAAAAAUGUGCUUGUCGGCCGAUGCUAAUGAGUCGACGGGGGCUCAGGUAAAUGAAGUUAACUGAUUGAGCAAAGAAAAAGGUGUGAACACAGCCUCAACAAAAACGGACUCCUCACCCGCCACAGCGAUACAAAUCGAUAAAGAAUUUAAAAAUAAAUAUUGUAUCCCAACGACACCACGCUCUAUUGUUGCGGCGUAAUCAUAGCGCGUAAUCCAUGCGAUUCGGUAUCAAAACACUGCCAAAGUAACCCCCGGAACCACCGAUUAAGGGGCAUCUACGGUCUAUAGUCUGGGCAAAGACCAACCUCAAGAUAACCGAAAGCGAAACGUUAACGAGCAUUUAAGAGGCAGUACAGCCCCCAAGUAAGCAGUAACCAGCGCCAGUAACUGGGUCAGUAGGCAGGACCAGUGCCCCGAUUCUCCAUCGAGGGCUUCAUUCUUGCAUCCACCUUCUUUUCGCUUCAAAGCGACCCUGGACCAUGAACUCCUCGAGUGGUGACGAUGAGGCGCCCAAGGACCCGCGUACCGGAGGCGAGGACUUUACGCAACAAUUUACAGAGAACGAUUUCGAGGGACAUCGCGCACACACCGUCUAUGUGGGUGUCCAUGUGCCAGGAGGCAGACGCCACUCCCAGCGCCGACGCAAGCAUCAUCACAGCGGCCCCGGAGGAGGUGGAGGCGGAGGCGGCGGUUCCGGCGGUGGCUCCGGCAGCAUGGGAGGUGGCAUCUCCAGCAAGGACAGCGGCAGCGAGAAGCAACAGGAAGUGGAGCGUCCAGUUACACCGCCCGCACAACGUGUGCAGUUCAUACUCGGCGAGGAUGUUGAUGAUGGGUCACAUGUAUCGCAUCCUUUGUUCUCGGAAAUGGGCAUGCUGGUGAAGGAGGGCGACGAGAUCGAGUGGAAGGAGACGGCGCGCUGGAUCAAGUUCGAGGAGGAUGUGGAGGAGGGCGGCAAUCGGUGGUCCAAGCCCCACGUGGCCACGCUCUCCCUGCACUCGCUGUUCGAGUUGCGACGCCUGUUGGUCAAUGGCACCGUCAUGCUCGACAUGGAGGCUCACAAUCUUGAGGUAAUGGCCGAUCUGGUUUGCGACCAGAUGGUCAGUGCCGGCACCCUGCCGCCCGGUGUCAAGGACAAGGUCAAGGAUGCCCUGCUGCGUCGCCAUCGGCAUCAGCACGAGUAUGCCAAGAAGACACGGCUACCCAUCAUUCGCUCUCUGGCCGAUAUGCGCAAUCAUUCGUCAUCGAAAAUGGAAGAGCAGUCCGGAAACACUUUAGGGGCCACCACGCCGAUUUCUCUAGCGGCCAGUGAGCCGGGAGCGCCUGGCACCAAUGGCAAUGCGAGCCUUACCAACACUGGCGGCGGCUUGGGCCGUUUUCUAACAGUACCCGGAAAGCCCAGCACCAGAACGCUCGAGGAUAUGGUGAAGAGUCCGAGCAGCCAGUCGAUGGCACGUCCGAGCAGCGGCACGGAACUCAACGAGCAGCAGCACAAGGGCAACACACACUUUAUGAGAAAGAUCCCUCCGGGUGCGGAGGCCAGUAAUAUUCUGGUAGGCGAGGUGGACUUUCUGGAGCGAACACUCUCCUGUUUCAUCCGCCUGAGCCAGGCAGCGCUCAUGGGUGAUCUGACAGAGGUGCCAGUGCCCACAAGAUUCAUCUUCAUUUUGCUGGGACCGCCUGGCAGUCAGAGUAAUUUCCAUGAGAUUGGACGUGCCAUGGCUACCCUGAUGUCGGAUGAGAUCUUCCACGAGGUUGCCUAUCGGGCACGCAAGCGGGAGCAUCUGCUGGCCGGCGUUGAUGAGUUCCUCGAUGCGGUCACCGUUUUGCCCCCUGGCGAGUGGGAUCCCACCAUUCGCAUUGAGCCGCCGGCGGCCAUACCCUCGCAGGACCCGCGCAAGCGACCACCAGAGCUGCCAAAGGAGGAGAUCGACGAGGAGGAGGAAGAGGCGCGUCUAAGGGAAGAGUCGGGUCUCUCGCGGACAGGUCGUCUCUUUGGCGGUCUGAUCAACGAUGUGAAGCGGAAGGUUCCUUUUUACUGGAGCGACUUUCGCGAUGCCUUCUCCAUGCAGUGCGUGGCAUCGUGGAUUUUCCUGUACUUUGCCUGCCUCUCGCCUAUUAUUACGUUUGGAGGCCUGUUGUCGGAGGCAACGGGCAAGCAUAUGGCAGCGAUGGAGAGUCUUGUGUCGGGGUUCGUCUGUGGCAUGGGCUAUGGCUUCUUUUCGGGUCAGCCGUUGACAAUAUUGGGUUCCACCGGUCCAGUACUGGUCUUUGAGUCAAUUAUCUAUGAGUUUUGCACCAAAAUGGAUUGGGAUUAUAUGACAUUCCGGUUCUGGAUCGGCAUGUGGGUCGCCGGCAUUUGUAUCGUCCUGACCGCGAUUGAUGCCAGUGCCCUCGUCUGCUACAUAACCCGCUUCACCGAGGAGAACUUUGCCACCCUGAUUGCGUUCAUCUUUAUCUACAAGGCCAUCGAGAAUGUGGUUGUCAUUGGUAAGAAUUUCCCCGUGAAUCAAGGCAUAUACGAUUGUGUCUGCAUACCGCCGCCGGGAAGCAACGCCAGUGUUGUGGAGUAUGCCAAAUACAACUGGGAUUAUUGUGAGCCGAACAAUGGCACGCUGGUUGGCGGCGACUGUGGCACUCCACCCACCGAGAAUGUCUUCCUCAUGUCGGUGGUUCUGUGCACCGGCACCUUCAUCAUCUCCACCAUACUGAAGGACUUUAAGAACGCCCUGUUCUUCCCCUCGGCUGUGCGCCAGUACAUCAGUGACUUUUCUGUGCUGAUUGCCAUCUUUGCCAUGACAUUCUUUGACUACUCGUUGGGUGUGCCCACCCAGAAGCUGGAGGUGCCUGCAGAGCUGAAGCCCACGCUGGACUCAAGGGGUUGGCUCAUACCACCAUUUAGCGAGCGGAAUCCCUGGUGGUCGACGAUCAUCGCCGUGUUCCCUGCUCUCCUGGGCACCAUUCUGAUCUUCAUGGAUCAGCAGAUCACCGCCGUGAUUGUCAAUCGGAAGGAGAACAAAUUGAAGAAGGGCUGCGGCUACCACUUGGAUCUGUUUAUUUUAUCAAUUCUUAUUGCCAUUUGCAGUGUGAUGGGUCUGCCAUGGUUCGUGGCUGCCACUGUUUUGAGCAUCAACCAUGUAAAUUCAUUGAAACUGGAAUCGGAGUGCUCGGCCCCUGGCGAGAAGCCACAGUUCCUGGGUGUUCGCGAGCAGCGUGUGACACACAUCAUGAUCUUCCUGACGAUCGGCGUUUCGGUGCUCCUGACACCGCUGCUCGGUAACAUUCCCAUGCCUGUGCUCUUCGGUGUGUUCCUUUAUAUGGGCGUGGCCUCGCUCAAGGGUCUGCAGUUCUUCGAUCGCAUAUUGAUCAUGUUCAUGCCAGCCAAAUACCAGCCAGACUACAUGUUCCUGCGACAGGUGCCCAUCAAGCGAGUCCAUUUGUUCACCAUCAUACAGCUGGCCUGUCUGAUCAUACUCUGGCUGAUCAAGUCCUUCUCGCAGACCUCCAUACUCUUCCCCCUCAUGCUGGUGGUGAUGAUCGGCAUACGCAAGGCCCUCGAUCUGGUCUUUACGCGACGAGAGCUGAAGAUCCUCGACGAUAUUAUGCCAGAGAUGACGAAGCGAGCGGCCGCCGAUGAUCUGCAUCAAUUGGACGCUGAGGAUAAUCACCAUCAGCAUCAGCAACCGCCUGGGGCGGGUACUGCCACAGGAGCCAACUAUAAUGGCAAUAAUGCGGGUCCAACCACUAUACACAUUCCUCUCUCUGGCAGCAAGCCGGUAUCGGGCAAUGGAGCGGGCAUGAAUAUACCCCAGGAGGCGGUGAAUCGCACCACAGUCUGGCAGCAGAUCAACAAGGACGGGAAUGGCAUCUCCGAGCAGCUCAUCAUACCGGUGACCGUCAAAGUUCGUCAGAUCAAUGGCAAUCAUGCCUCAACAAAUGCCGCCGCCCUGUCGCCACGCCUGUCGCCCAUGCACGAGGCGGAUGAGAACGAGGUCACCAUCAAUCCGACGAAUCCACAGCAGAUGAGCAACUGCAAGGAGGCGGCAGCCAAGCUCGAAGGAUCUAUGCUCGCCAGCCAGAAUCCAGCCAACAUAACACCCGUCUAAGAUCGUCUAAGGAACACACAAAUCCAAUUUUUACCGAACAAAUGCACAAAACAUACACUCAAACACACAUCUAUUUUAGUAGUUCAUCAUAGAUAAACCAGCAUCAUAAUCUCUAUAAAGAGUGGAAAUAUAUUUUUCACUCUCAAUUUAUCCAACAUCCAACAAGUAGUAGUAGUUUUUUCACCGGAAACAUUUUGGUAAAGAUUUUUAGCUGUACCCAGCAGGAGCAGGUUCGAGUUAUACAAGUAUUAUUUAUAAAUAUAAUAGAGAUAGAGUAGAUAACCCAAAAAACAUUCCAAGUAUACACUUUUGAGGCGAUUUUUUAUAGAGACGAUUGUCAAUUCCAAAGAA